AUGGCGUCCGCAGUAACAGAUUUGGAAGCCGGCCUUCAGGCCAUGCUGAAUUUGAAGCCGCCCGGUGUUUCUGGAUCUCGUAUCACUAGUCUAACAUCACUCUGCGUCGCCAACAUACAGUCUGAAUCCGUACUUAUUCAGAAGAUCUAUACACACUUCAAAAAGGCGCCUGGAACACACAAGUUGGGGGUUCUCUACGUAGUAGACUCUGUAACCCGAAAAUGGCUCGAGCAAGCAAAAGCUCAAGGACAACCAGUAAACAGCUCUGCGCCAGACGGUACAUAUGCCGCCGGGGUACACCGAGUGACCGAACUGAUGCCCGUAUUGAUGAAUGACAUUCUCCAAACCGCCCCAGAAGAACAAAAGGAGAAAAUUAAGAAGCUCUUAGACAUCUGGGAGAAGGGCCAGACCUUCCCCACCCAGAUGAUUGAGUCGUUCAAGGAGAAAUUGACCGCUCCCUCGUCUAAAACCUCGACAACUCCCCCCGGCAGCCCACCAGCGUCAGCCUUGGCUGCUUUGCAAAGUCACAUUCCCGCCUCAGCUGCGCCAGCUCCAAAUGGAUCUUCUAUUUUGGAAGCCCUUGCGAAUAUGGCGAGGCAGAGUUCAGCUCCCGGUAGUGCCAACAAUAAUGCUUCUAACCCGCCAGCACCAGUAGCGUCAGCAUCAUAUAGCAUACCGCCUUCAGCCCUUCCGCAGCCUGUGUCGUCCUCGACGAUACCGCAACCGCAACAUCAAGCACAGCCAUCUUAUCCCCCGACAUCACAGCCCGUAACCAUGCCGUCCCUUCCAUUCUCACUUCCUCAGAUGGCUGGCCAAAGCCCAGCGUUGCCUAACAACGCGAGUAAUCCUCCCAAUCCUUAUGCUGCUGCAAACCCAGCGGCUCCUGGUGUUGCCGGCGGAGCCUUAGAUCCGGCUGUGCAGCAUCAGAUUAUGUUGAUCAAAGCCCUCGCAGACCAAGGUGUUCCAUUUGAUAAAAUUCCUUCUCUGAUCCAGAGCAUGACAACAAACAGCAAUAACGCUGCCGGCAACAGUGCUGCGGCUCCCCAUACCGGCUUCCAGCCACCUGUUCCAGCGGCACAAGGAACUUUUUCCACCAGCGGUCAACAACCUUGGGGUGGCCCUGCUACCGUAUCUGGCGAUGGGCGUGACCGGGGAUACGAGGACGGCAUCAGGUCGCCCAGAUAUCGUGGCCGAUCCAGGUCUAGGUCUCCUGAUCGAGGCUGGGGUUCUCGUGACUCCCCUCGUGGCGGACGAGGUCAUGGGCGUAACUCUCCCCCAAGCGGUCGUCACGAUCGGGACCGCAAUGGUCGUGGAGGAAACGACUACCGUCAACGUAGCCCUCCAGGUCGCCGUGGCCGAAGUCCCACUCCUCCCGACAGUCUUCCCCAUGUUGAACGAUGGGUCGACUAUGAUUCCAGUGUACCAUCCGGUCACAUUAGAGUCUACAGCCGAACCCUUUUCGUGGGUGGUGUAACAUGCUCUGAGGCUGAGCUUCGACGGGUAUUCAGCCAGUUUGGCACUGUUCAAACUUGUAUCGUCAACAAGGACAAGCGACAUGCAUUCGUCAAAAUGUUGACCCGCAAGGACGCUGCCGCCGCCAAAGAAAGCAUGGAAGAUAGUCGCAGUAGCGAACUUCCACUAAGGACCCGUUGGGGUGUUGGUUUUGGUCCCAGGGACUGCAGCGAUUACGCGACUGGCAUCAGCGUCAUCCCUAUCCAUAAGCUCACUGAGGCGGAUCGUAAAUGGAUAUUGACUGCCCCCUACGGUGGCAGCGGUGGUCGCCCCAUUGAGUCUGGUCUCUCUGUCGAAGAGCCCGACAUCGAAAUCGGCGCAGGCGUCUCAUCCAAGGCUAUUAGCCGUCGCAUGCAAACCGACAAGGGCGGCAGCAACGGACCCAAAUCUACGAGAAACCGCGAGGACGACACGGGUAGAGGCGGCCGUCGUGGCCGUGAUCAAGGAAACGGCGGCCAAGGCAUGGCCUCUGGGUUCCCGUUUGGAAUUGGAACCCUGCCUAAUGGAAUGCCAAAUUUCCCUUCAGGGUAUGAAUUCUCCGACCCGAGUGGACGCUAA